AUGGUGGCAGAUGAAGGGAAGUUUUUCUUAGCUGACUGGAGGAGCAUUGUAGAGGGAGAUAGAAACAGGAGGAACCAAACAAACCAGAGGAUAGCGAAAUGGGAGAAACAAAGUCCAGGGUGGAUGAAAUUGAACUCUGAUGCGGCAGUUGAUGAACGCUGCGGUGUCAUGGGACUUGGAUGGGUUCUUCGGGAUGACCAAGGAAAUUUCAUUGCAGCAAUCGGUAUACCGGGGAAGGGAGUUUUUACCCCUAGCGAGGCAGAAGGAAUGGCAGUUAGGGAAGCUUUAAGCUGGUUGAAAGUGAAAGGCAUCACAAAAGUGCAUAUUGAAACUGAUGCUUUGCAGGUUAUCCAACAACUGAGCGAAGAUGAAUGA